GUCCGCACCAGUGUCCUACCUGAUCACAAGGAGCCAAGAGCAGAUGUUGGACGAAGCUUCUUGGGCUGUGCAACAUUUAGAGUAGGAGACUUGGUGAAGUCAAAGGAUCAACAGUUAACCCUUACCCUCAGGACUUCUGAUGGUGGAAAGACAGUUGGUACCAUUGAAGUCAAUCUUGUGAAGAUGGGAGAGCUAGAGGAUGGGGAAGCAGACCACAUCACAACAGACACCCAGGAUCAAAAGUGUGCAUUGGUUCGUGAAUGUACAGCCACUGAAGGCACAAGUGGUAAAGACAACUUGCCUUCAUUAAAUGCAGUGUUAAAAAACCCAAUCUGUAAGUUAUAUAGAUUCCCUACUUCUGACAACAAGUGGAUGCGGAUCCGGGAACAGAUGGCUGAGACAACCCUCUCUUUCCAUGUUCCUAAAGAGCUGAUCAAUCUGCACAUAAAGGAGGAUAUGAGAAGGAAUCAGGAACUUAAAGACUUGGGAGAACUUGCUCCUCACUGGGACAACAUGCGCAGAAGUGUUAUAGCUCACUGUGAUCAGAUGCUGAGCAUGUACCAGGAUACUCUUGCAGAGCUUGGGAAGCAUACAGGUUCUUCCUUCAAAUCAAGCUGUAGUAAAGGAGAAAAAACUUUAGAAUUCAUCCCAAUAAAUCUCCAUCUGCAAAGAAUGCAUGUGCAUAGUCCUCGAUUGAAAGAAAUAGUGAUCGAGCACGCAAAAUUUCCUCCCAGAGACUGCCAGGAUGAACUCGCCAGCCUAGGUGACAAGAGUAGCACAGUUCCAUUAAGGACAGUGUUACUUUGA